CUCUCGCGAGCUCUCUUUUCCGCUGAGGGAUAACUUUUUGUUGGACUCUCUGUGGAACGCUGCGAUCUGAGAUCUCACAGAGAGCGCGAGAGAGAGAACGGGAGCACAAGAUUGGGGCAAGUGGUGGUGGAUCCAGUCGGUGGUGUUGGAUCGUUCAGUGAGUCCCCAAGUGUUGUCGCAUCCACUUUAUCGCGUUGUUCGCGGAUUCUUUCGCCGUGGUCGGUACUUUACUAACGGUAUUGCUGCACGCAUCUGGCGGCAAAUUGGCAAAUUGGAAAAUUGGCAGCGAGAAGCCCGCGCUAAUAAUAAAUAUUUUUGAAAGUCGCAAAAUCGGAGGAUCGCAAAUCCAUAUCAAGCAUACGCCCCAUUCACCCCGUCAAUUAUCUUAGCUGAUAAUAGAGCAAGCGAACAUUUAAGAGAGAAAACACAAGAUGCAUGUGCCAUUAUAAAGAUAAAAAGGAAGGAUAUUAUUGGAGCAGUAUCAUAGCAACUAAGGAGGUCCUUUGUUAUAUAUGGAAAACCGAUAACUGAUAUAAUUAUACUAGAGUACAGCCAAUUAUUGAGAGUUAACUUUUUACCUACAUAUAUAGAACCCGCUCACAUACACAGAUAUAACCUGCAAUGGGAAAAGAUUACUAUAAAACCCUAGGGCUGCCAAAAACUGCCACCGACGAGGAGAUAAAAAAGGCCUACAGGAAACUGGCCCUGCGCUAUCAUCCGGACAAAAACAAAGCCGCCAAUGCCGAGGAAAAAUUCAAGGAGGUCGCCGAGGCCUACGAGGUCCUUUCAGACAAGAAAAAGCGGGAGACAUACGACAAAUUCGGCGAGGAUGGUCUGAAGAAUGGAGGCACUCGGAAUGGCGGUCCCUCUAGCAACUCGUUUACAUAUCAGUUCCAUGGAGAUCCGCGAGCCACCUUCGCCCAGUUCUUUGGCAACAGCAACCCGUUCGCCUCGUUCUUCGACAUGGGCGACAACAUAUUCGAUAAGAACGUCUUCGAUCUGGACACGGAACCCGACUUCUUUUCAUCGCCCUUCGGAGGCAUUGGUUCGCGGCAUGGUCUUGGUAGUGCCUUCAGGCCCUCUUUCAGAUCACACUCCUUCAACGUGCAUACUCCGUUCAAGAAGGAGCAGAAGCAGGAUCCGCCCGUCGAACACGAUCUCUACGUGACGCUGGAGGAGAUCUACCACGGCUGUGUUAAGAAAAUGAAAAUCUCCCGACGCGUCGUCCAGGCGGAUGGCAGUUCCCGCAAGGAGGACAAGGUCCUGCAGAUAUCCAUUAAGCCCGGCUGGAAGUCCGGCACCAAGGUCACCUUCCAGAAAGAGGGCGAUAUUGCGCCCGGAAAAAUCCCCGCCGACAUUGUGUUCAUCAUCAGGGACAAGCCGCAUGCCAUGUUCAAACGCGAGGGCAGCGAUCUCCGCUACACGGCGAGACUGACGCUCAAGCAGGCUCUUUGCGGCGUUGUCUUCCAAGUUCCUACCAUGUCCGGCGAUAAGUUGCGCAUCAGCACCAUGCAGGAGAUCAUUAAGCCGAGCACGGUGAAGCGGAUCCAGGACUAUGGACUGCCAUUCCCCAAGGACACCACUCGCAAGGGGGAUCUCCUGGUGGCCUUCGACAUCCAGUUCCCGGAGAAACUGACUGCCGCCCAGAAGGAGAAGCUCAGGGACACGUUAUGAGGGACCAAAUCCACCCAGUGACCACGGCUCAGACUCUCACACAGUCCGGCGGAAAACGAAGCGGACUUAGUCAUCCAACACAAACACAACGCACUAAAACCAAACCGAAUCCAUCUUUCAAUUCUAUGUCCUAUUCAUCGUCUAACAAUGCAUCGAUAUCUUUCUCCAUUUUGCUUGUUUUUUGUGUUCAGUGAAACAUUUACUCAUUUUCUACAGGAACUCCUUCUUAACAAUCGGUUUUGCUCAUCUGCGCCACGAACACGUUUGCAUAAUAUAUAUGUUGACCAUAGUUAUUAUAUCAUUAAUUCUUAAUUUAUUUGUCUAAAUUAAAGCUACAUUUAAUAAAAUUACACAAACACACACAGAAUACAUGUGGAAGAAAAAACAAGCGAA